AUGAAGAAUGGACACAGGUGGUUCGCGUUUGGCCGCUCGCGGGCGGCGGCCAGUGACACACCAGACCCCGCUGGGGCGCCUGAAAAACCAACGGCGGACCCCUGUCGUCUAUCCGUGUCUUCUGUUGCACCUAAAAAAGCCUCUAAGCACAAGAACAAUCAUCCCGUGGGUCGCCCAUCUCCCCCUGCCUCAACCGCGCAGCAGCCAGGAAGUCGCCCACAGCAGCCGCAGGAUGAGCGGAAGGCAGGCCACCCCCUGCCGUCUUCUCCGCCUCUGUCUAUCAACUCAACAGGCCCCAACACCCCACAAACAGCAGAAGAGGUGGGGCCCCAAGCGUCGUCGGAGCCCCCAAAGGCCCUUGGGGACCCCUUGCGAAUACUGAAAGAUUUCCCAGCUCUUCCAGCGCAGGCGGACCUCUUUGUGACUGCAGAGAGGAGCUUGAAUGCUUCUCUUAGCAGAAACUGCAGAGUGCCUGCGGCUGUCAGCAGCAGCAGCAGCAGCAACUGCGCUGAGUGGGCAAGCGCCCGCCGCUGGGGGGAGAUUGGCGCAGUGCAGACUCUAAGCCCCUCAACAGGGGCCCUCGUUUUCUUCUGUCCCUCUACUCCCCCUGAUGUUGCUGCUGAAGAGACAAAGGAAGAACCAGGGGCUGCCCCCACUGCAUGCGGCACAGCCACUCCCAUCCGCAGCAGCAGCAGCAGCAGCAGGCCAGCUUCAGCAGCUGCAGCACCAGAAAGCGGGGUCUGGAGGGCACUUGUGCAGGUGGAUGGAGGCGUUGAGAGGGCAGAGGCCUCAGUUGCCUUGUUCGGGUUUGCUGAGGCUCGCGCUGCAGCAGAGCUUGCUGCUGAGCGGCUGUUGCUGCAGGCAGCGGAGAGGCGCAGAGCCACCGGAGAGGUCGAGACCUUGAAGCAGCAAAAGGAAAGACAGGCCCGUGAAGUGCUGCUGCGUCUCUGCGAGCUGUUGCCUCUAGACUGCCUUCCUGCUGCAGCAGCGCUGCGGGAGGGCUGCCUCCGCUUGCUGCAGUGGCUGCUGAUGAGGGCUUUGCUGUCCCUUCUAGACCUCGUCGAUGUGUAUUACCCACAGCAACAGCAGCAGCAGCAGCAGAGCAGCGGCAAGUUGCCGGCCAGCGACCAGGCACUGUUUGUCUCGCUGCUGAGCCACCACCUGUCCACGGUGAAGCGUGCGCGGGGGCCAGAGGCACUGUUUGGAUACCUCCAGCUGCUGCGGCCUCCUGCUGCAGCUGCUGCUGCGGGGGAGCCGCAGCAGCCGCAGGAGCCGCAGGAAGGCACUAAAGCCCUUGCCAGUCUUUCGGGUCUCAGAGACGGCGCCGACUACAUCUACACGAACAAAGACGGGCCCUACCUCUUGGACUUGCUGCUUUAUGGGCUGCGCAGCGGCGGCACCGGGCAGCAGCACCAGGAGCAGCAACAGCAGCAACAGCUGUUGAAGUGGUGGGAUUCAGACGAGACUCCAGCAAAAGCGGCAGAUGGAGUGGACAACCCCUGGAGCCACAGCGCCUGCGGGGACCCUCCUUGUGGCUCUCAGGGGCCCCCUGCUGCUUACGAGGGGCCCCCCUCAGCAGCAAUUGAGCUGCUCACUGGACACUCCCCAGUGAGGUGCAACAGCGGCAGCAGCCUCUGCUGCGGCGACCGGACAGAGUUCAUCGACUGCAGCGCCGUUGGCGACUAG